GGAAUGGACAAACAGCAUUUGCUGGGAACGAGAUGAAGUAUCUAGUACUUGGGCUAUUGACACUGUUGAGUGUUUUGCCCAAGGAGCAGCUCCUGGGCACGGCCACGGCCUGUUCGAGACGUUACCUUAGGCGCAUAAAUGGCAAAUGUUACUAUUUUUCGGUGAAGAAGUUAAAUUGGUAUGGAGCUCUAAAUAAUUGCCUGCGCAAGGGCCUAACACUGGCCGAUUUGAGUAAUCCAGCGGAUUUCUAUGGGGCCAUUGGGUUUCUCAGCUCGAAGGGCAACACAGAGGAUUUCUGGUUCAGUGCCAACGAUCUGCAGACUGAAGGACGCUAUCAGUAUGCCAGCAGUGGACGUUUAGUUAAGUUCUUUAGCAACUAUAGCAUUGUAGAGCCUGCAGAGCAUUCGGAUUGCUCUGAUUGCUUGGAGGUACGCAUACGCUCCAACCUGACUGUGGUGGCGGAUGAUAGUUGCCUGGAACGGCAAUAUUUCAUCUGCUCGGAACAUUAUUGCAACACAGAUGGAGCCUUGGGCAAACCUCGUCAUCACAGUCACGAGCAUUUACAUCACUUCCAUCAUGAUAUUGGCGAUGAAGAUGAAGAAGGUGGAGAGGAACCGCCCGUUGACUUAGCUCUGAGUCAAUCGCUUGAAAAUUUGGGCAGCAAUUCAGAGCAAGCGGUAGCUCCAAAAGAUCUACCAGAUCAGACACCAACGUCUCCCUGGGAUACCGAUCUACACGAAACAACUAUGGGAGAUGAGGAGAAUAAGUCUGCAAUAAAAUCCAGUGGCGAAGGGGAAAACAAUGGCGACAAACCAAGCGGGGCUGAAGCUUCGCCAGGCGGUAAUGCAACACAAGCAUCACCUGGGGGAGAACCUCCUAGCGAAUCGGCUACCACUCCAGCAGCAGGAGCACCUGGCGAAGGUGGUGCUGUCGCUGAUGCAACAACUCCCGCCGCAGAUGCUCCUGCUGCAGCGCCAGGUGCCCCCGCCGCAGAUGCCCCUGCUGCAGCUCCUGAUGCUCCCGCCGCUGAUGCCCCUGCUGCAGCUCCUGAUGCUCCCGCCGCGGAUGCCCCUGCUACUUAAGGUGGAGGAGCAUAUCGACACUAAUCCCAACACGCCAGCGUUAAUAAUCAAAAAUUUACUUACAGGAUUGAAUAAGAAAAAUACAUAUGAAAAAAAAACUAAAUGUAAAUUAUUUUAAGCUUAAGACAACCAUGACAAACAAACGUGCUAAGCGCCCAGAAAUAUGCUACAUAAAAGAGGAAAAAGGCAAAUGAAAUAGGCUAAUUUGUAGAAUUCACAGGAAUUGUGGAGUUUCAUUUAAAAAUGAAUUUACUACUCAUUUUAAAUGGAACACAUACAAAAUUGUUAGAAAAAAUAUAUCUACUACUCUCAAAAGUAGUCAAAGAUUUCACCGUA